CUCAUCCUUGCGAUGAGUUUGCCCCUCAAUCCCAAACCUUUCCUCAACGGAUUAACAGGAAAGCCAGUAAUGGUGAAACUUAAGUGGGGAAUGGAGUACAAAGGCUACCUGGUAUCUGUAGAUGGCUAUAUGAACAUGCAGCUUGCAAACACAGAAGAAUACAUAGAUGGAGCCUUGUCUGGACACCUGGGUGAAGUUUUAAUAAGGUGUAAUAAUGUCCUUUAUAUCAGGGGUGUUGAAGAGGAAGAAGAUGGAGAAAUGAGAGAAUAGCAUCUUUUGUGGGAA